CAUACGAGGAGAGGAAAAAUAGUUUUGAGGGAAAGCAUCGUCCUUAGACCUAGUAAUGGCGAACAAUCGCGCGAACCGAGAAAAAGAAGAAGUCAAAGCAUCAAUCGAUGAACAGAACUGGAGCGAGCGAGUCGAGGAUCUCGUGUCGGCCGGAGAUAUCGCAUCGGCGAUCUCGUUUCUCGAGUCCCUGGUCGCCGAUCUCCAGUCGCGGCUCGGUUCUUCUUCCGAAAAUUUCCUCCAGUUGGCCUCUGCUCUCUCGGAAUUGGCGGAUCUCUACUCUUCCCAGGGUUUGUCUCUCAAAUCUGAUGAGCUUCGCGUUCGUUCUUCCCUCGUCAAGCAAAGCGCUCUCGCUUGUGAGCCUGUCUCUUCUUCUGGAGAUUCUGGUGCUGUAGUGUCCCAAUCCUCAAGAACCGCUGGUAAUGGUGUUACUGCCCAGUCUUCUUCAGAUGAUGAUUGGGAAGCCAUUGCGGAUAGUGAACCAAGCAAAUUACUCUCCUUGGAAGAAUUGCCUGAUGUAUCAAAGCUUUCAGUCGAAGAACCUAAAGUUCAAGAACCAAAGAGACGAGGAAGGGGAACGUUUACUUAUAAGAGGGACGAAAUGUACAGUGAACGAGAUUACAGCGAAGCAAGGCUUCAAGAUUCAGAAGAUCGUGAUAUCUCUCAUGGUUCAGAAAAGACUUUAGAAUCACUGAAAUCCAAGUAUGGUACACGCCAUGUCCUCGUGCUUUCUGGGUUUUCUCCGAAUUUGAGGACAAUAGAUUUAGAGAAGCUUUUUGUGGAUUUCAAGGAUAGCGGAGUCGUUAUCCGCUGGAUCAACGACACAACAGCCCUUGCAGUCUUCAAAACGCCAUCAACUGCUCAAGAGGCUUGCAACCGUGUUCAAUGUUCAUUCACCGUACGCGUGCUUAACGAUGAUGAUGAUGCACUUUUGGGCUCGAUUUCAGCCAGAGAUUUGGAACCACCGGCUCAAAGGCCGAAGACAUCGGCAAGGACAGCGCAGAGGCUGAUUGCUCACAGCAUGGGGUUGAAGCUUCCAAAUACCGGUUUUGGUUCUAAAGAACUUAGAGAUCAAGAAGCUGCCCGUAGAAAUCGGAUCGUUGCGAGACAGAAACAACGGGACGAUGCUUGGGGAGACGACGACUGACUUAACCGUCCGGUUCAACAAUUUUCGGUUUACGAGGAUACGUAUAUGUUUAUGUUAUAUAACUGGAAAAAAUGCAUGAGAGCUCAUAUGGGCAACAAACAAACACCGGUUGUUUUUUUUUUUAGUUCACAUUCUUUGCAUCCGAAGAUAAGUAUCUAUACGUUUUGUUUUAUUUUGUUUCUUUAAUUACUCA